GCAGAGCAAGGACAUGAUUUGCACAGUUAGUGAAAGAAUAAAAAUGGAGUAUCACAAAAUCCAGUUAGUGACUAUAGUCUCAUUCAUAUUUUUGUUUCAAAACAUUCAUGGUUGGGGAGAAGAAGGGCAUUACAUUACUUGUAAGAUCGCUCAGUCUCGCCUCAGCGAUACAGCUGCAGAGGCUGUGAAAAAAUUGCUGCCAGAUUAUGCACAAAAUGACUUGGCAAGUGUGUGUACAUGGGCUGAUCGUGUAAAGUUUUAUCUUCGUUGGUCGUCUCCUUUGCACUAUGCCGAUACACCUCCUCGUCUUUGCAAUUUCCAGUAUGACAGGGAUUGCAAGGAUUUGGAUGGUGUGAAAGGAAGAUGUGUUGUGGGAGCCAUUAACAAUUACACCACCCAGCUUCUUGACUAUGGCAAAGACACUCAAUAUAACCUCACUCAAGCGCUUCUUUUCCUUUCUCAUUUUUUCGGAGAUGUCCAUCAGCCUCUACAUACAGGUUUUACCACAGACAAGGGAGGAAAUUUAAUUAAUGUUCAUUGGUACAGAAGGAAGCAAAAUCUUCACCAUGUUUGGGAUGCUAACAUAAUUGAAACAGCAGAAGAAAGAUUCUAUAACACUAACAGGGAUGAUUUGAUCAGUGCCAUUCAAGACAAUAUCACGAAAACAUGGUCGGAUGAAGUGGCGGGAUGGGAAGCCUGCAGUUCUGAUGAGACCACAUGCCCAAAUACGUAUGCAUCUGAAGGUAUUAAGGCAGCCUGUCAAUGGGCAUAUAAAGAUGCCCCUGAAGGUUCUGUACUAGAAGAUGAUUACUUCCUAUCGCGUUUGCCAAUAGUCAAUAUGCGAUUAGCUCAAGGGGGAGUUCGAUUGGCAGCCACCCUCAAUCGUAUUUUUAAGUGACCAACAUGAUCUGAUGUAAUUUAUUGAAUUAAGAAAUAUAUAUGAUUGACUUGAAUUAUGCUAUUUUAAAAGAGAAUAAAGUUCUGUAUCAUCUGUGGAGGUUAAAUAUCUUGUAGUUUACCAACUUAAUGGGUCAUUAAGAGCAUUAUUUGAUUCA